AAAAAGGAGAAUUGAAAAGUUUUACCCAAUUUUCCACGAUUAGUUAAAGAAAAAACCAAAGGAGCACGCUACGUGCACAACUCACCCCCCGUUCAACACACCGCAAUGAUGACCGACGACAAAAGCUACGACUCCAGCAACAACAGCGAGUCGGAGGAGCGUCGGGCCAAGCACAAGAAGGCCAAGAAGCACAAGAAACACAAGAAGUCCUCGACGGGCAAGGCGGAGAAGGACAGGCAUGCGGCCCACAAGAAGCACAAGAAGGCGAAAAAGCGACCCCACCGCGCGAGCGAAUCCUCCAAUGACUCGGAUGCGCCGGCGGAGAACGCCAAGGCCAAGCUGGCCAAGAACUCUGGGCUGAGCAGCAAGUUCACCGAGAUCAUGCAGAAGGCCAGCCGCAAUGGAGGCGGCCUCGGCGACUUCCGCAUCACCAAGCCCCUGAUGGCCACAGACCCCAGCAGCCUGGUGGAGGAGAUCACCAAGACCAUUCAGAACAAGGUGCUGCCCGUCUUGGAGGUAGCAAGUUCGGGCAGCGAAAGCGAUGCCCCCGCCGAUGUGGCCAGUCCCAUUAUAGCGACCAUCAUCGAGGACGAGCUCAACUUGGAGGAUCUGAUGAGGCAGAAGGCCAUGCUGCAGGCUCGCCUGGGCGCCUAUAUGUCGGACCCAGAGGCCGAGGACAGGGGCCCAAAGCCAGAGCUGGCCCAGGCCAAGCCAAUGCCCAAGGUGGCUCCGCCGCAACAGCCCCAGCCACAGGCGAUGGCCGCCGCCGCCAGCAAGUCUGCAGCGCCGCUGGCUACUGCAACCAGUAAACAUGCUAAUAUUAAACAGUCUAGCACGCAUAACUCAAAUGAAUCCGAUGUUAUAUUGUUGGAUGAUUCUAGCGGAGGCCAGCGAACCCCCUCGCCCACGCCCGAGAAGCGAAGACGCCACGCAUCCCCGCUCCCAGCAGCCCCGAGGAGCCGCGCUCGUGAUGACCCCAGUCACGGACGACGGGAACGGCGCUCGAGGGAGCGGGAACGCACGCCCCCACGCCGUCGGGCAGCAGAGCAGCAGGCACAGGCCCGACCACGCAGCCGCAACCGAAACAUGGAGGACCUGCGACAGGAGAUCAAUCGCGACAAGCAGAGGGAGAGGCGCGACCACAGCCGAGACCGGGAUCGGCGACCCGCGACCACCAACGACCAGGUGCGACCAGGUCGGGGCCGAGAGCGGGAGCCAGUGCGACCCAAUCGCAGCCAGCGAUCGCACAGCCGCAGUAAGUUUGAGUCGGACAGGCGACGAGAGCGGGAGCGGCAGAAGGACCGGGAUCGUGGUGGCUUUGACCGUGGUGGCGGGCGCGGAGGAGGACGUGGCGGCGCGGACAACGGGGACCGGGAUCGGUACAAGGGUUCGCUGAGCGAGGGGCAAAAGAAGCACGACAAGGAGAGCAGUGACGAGGGGGCCGACCUGGACAUUGACAUAGCCGAGGACGAUGAUGACGAAGAGCGUAUCAUUGAGCAGCGUCGAAAGAAGCGUGAGGAGCUACUCAAGAAACUGGGCACUGGACAGGAAUCGCCGACGCCCCAGAACUCCGUUAGGUACGAGUCUCGCAGCACUUCGCCAGGCUCGUCUCAACGCGAACGGGCCCAGAGGACGCCGACGCCGGACGCUCUGCCCAGCUCCGAUCCACCCAGCUCGGAGGUGCCAAAGGAGGAGCACCAGCUGCUGGACAACUCGAAUAGCCAAAACAAAAACACCUCUGUCAAGGAAACGAAACGCAACGAGUGGGAUAUGUUCGCCGACCAAGAUGUGGACUCGAAUUUCGAUUCACCCAACACGAUUGUGCAGAAUAAGCAUCAGCAUGAAAAUCCCGCCCUCACCGACAACUGGGACGACGCCGAGGGCUACUACCGCGUUCGAAUCGGUGAGGUGUUGGACAAUCGUUACUUGGUCAAUGGAUACACCGGCCAGGGUGUCUUCAGCAACGUUGUGCGUGGAAGAGACCAAGCUCGGGGACAGGCCAAUGUGGCCAUUAAGAUCAUACGCAACAACGAAAUAAUGCACAAAACUGGCUUGCGGGAACUGGAAAUUCUUAAGAAACUUAACGAUGCUGAUCCGGAAGAUCGAUUCCACUGCCUGCGGUUGUACCGUCACUUUUUCCACAAGCAGCAUCUUUGCAUGGUGUUCGAGCCCCUGGCAAUGAACUUACGUGAAGUACUUAAGAAAUACGGCAAGAAUGUGGGCCUGCACAUCAAGGCAGUUCGUAGCUACACACAGCAACUGUUUUUGGCACUCAAGUUGCUGAAGAAGACGGGUAUUUUGCAUGCGGACAUCAAGCCGGAUAACAUUUUGGUCAACGAAAAUAACCUGAUACUGAAGUUGUGUGAUUUCGGUUCUGCCUCGGCCAUCAGCGACAACGAAAUAACACCCUACUUGGUGUCUCGGUUCUAUCGUUCGCCGGAGAUCAUUCUGGGCAUACCCUACGACUAUGGAAUCGACACCUGGUCCGCUGGUUGCACCAUCUACGAGCUGUACACGGGGAAGAUUCUGUUCAGCGGGAAGAGCAACAACCAGAUGCUCAAGUUUUUCAUGGACGUCAAGGGCAAGAUACCAAACCGAAUCGUCCGAAAAGGUCAGUUUAAGGAGCAGCAUUUCGAUCAGAGCUGCAACUUCCUGUACCACGAGAUAGAUAAGCUCACCGAAAGGGAGAAAAUUGUUGUGAUGCCGGUCGUUAAGCCUUCGCGAAGCUUGCAGCAGGAACUAAUUGCUGACCAAAACCUGCCAGACGAUCAGCACCGCAAGGUCACCCAGCUCAAGGACUUGCUGGAGAACAUGUUUGCCCUGGAUCCUGCCAAACGGAUCUCCCUCAACCAGGCACUCGUUCAUCCGUUCAUCCAGGAGAAGAUGUAGAUCGAAACGUAAUUCUAUUUUACCUAGCCUAGUAAGACAACCGAUACGCCAAACUCGCGCGUUAGUUACUAUUUCUCGUUCGUUAUCAGACAAACAACAUGCUCACCCAAGAAUCACACACUAUCUAUACAUCUACGCAAGCGAUGUAAAUAAGUUCUGUGGUUUUUAGCUAGCUGUACGGCGCGAUUUUUGAGAAAGGAAUUAUUUCAAAAUACUAUUAUUCAGUUAGCAAAUGUUCCGCAACUUGUUAUUCGUGUGUGUUUUCAUGCGUGUAUAUAAGUAUUUUAAUGCUACUACUGUAUAAAAAUGCAUGUGACCGAUUUGCCACACACAAUAUAUAUAUAAACACCUA